AUGCCUCCAAAACACUUUCUUACGAGCAACUUUCGGGUCGCUUUCGAGGAGUACUUCAAACCCGACCAGCAACGGAGCGCCGUAGACAAUCUCCAAGAGCAUAUAGCCACCAUCCGGGACGGCACGGAAGAACAGCGCCGAGAGCAGAGUGUCCUGCGGCCUCAAGACACGACCCAGGAGCAGAUGGACGCGCGCGUCGCCGCGCACCUCGACAAAUGCUACUGGCAGCUUGCCCAGUUCUACCGGUACUCUAACCCGUGCCGCAUCGCAGAAGCCGAACCUUGCCUGCGCGAGGUACUGCGUUACGCGCGGGAGAAGAAUGCAAAGCGCGAUGUGAACCCCGAACUGUACCUCGCGGUCGCGAUCCACGCCGUGCCUGGGAAAGAGCAGGAGGCCCUCGACAUCUUCGCGUCAGCAUUCGACUUCGUGGACAUCGACGACGCGCCCCCACCGGGGCCGCGGUCGGAAUUGUGGGCGCGCGCGAGCUGGGCGAGGUUGCUGCGGAAGAUGGAUCGGACUUCGGAGGCAGGAGCGCAAGAGGCAGCCAUCUUGAACUGGGCGUUGGCACACCCAUUGGUGCUGUCUCCUGCGAAGUUGAAGGCGUUGGUCGGCGAUGAGACGGAUAGCGGGUUCCUCAACAACAUCUCCGAGAACCCGGACCUCCUUGCGGCAGUUGAGAGGGCGCGAGAACGGGCGCGGGGGCGGAAGGACUGA